AUGAGAAAACAAACAACAGUCCCGCUCCUUGACGCAUGUUGUCUUUUAAACGUCAUAUUCGGAGGGUGGAGUUUGUUGAAACUGCGCGCUGUCUGUCAACCAGGAAGUCCUCAAUUAGACAUUCACUUUUCGGAUGUAGAGGAAUGGGCUGGGCAUCUUUCUGCCAUGAAUAAAAGGAAGUCGAGUGUCCACAAUGUUGUAAAACCAUCUAAGACACCUAGGACCGAUGGUAAAACACAUGUUCAGCAUGAAGAGGAGGUUGAUGAGGAGGAUGAAGUGCAGCAAGAUCACUCACUCUCUGCUUCGAGUGUGGGAGACAUCGGCGUGAUAGAAAGUAUCACUUUGAGGAACUUUAUGAGCCACCAUUUGCUCGGACCUUUCAGAUUUGGGCCAAAUGUAAACUUCAUUGUUGGGAACAAUGGAACUGGGAAAAGUGCCAUUCUGACAGCUCUUAUAGUGGGUCUUGGUGGAAAAGCAACCACUACCAACAGAGGAACAUCUCUGAAGGGCUUUGUGAAAUAUGGGGAAAGUUUUGCAGAUAUUAAAGUGAAAUUAAAAAACAGAGGAAAUGACCCCUAUAAAGGUGACGUCUAUGGAGACAGCAUUUGCAUAGAGCAUCGGAUCACAAGCGACGGUUGCAGGACUUGUAAAAUCAAGAAUAAAACUGGCAAUGUCAUUUCCACAAAGAAGGAAGAGUUAACUGCUAUACUGGAUCAUUUUGGCAUCCAGGUUGACAAUCCCGUUUCAAUCCUCAAUCAAGAAAUGAGCAAACAGUUCCUGCAUUCAAAAAGUGAAGCAGACAAGUACAAGUUUUUCAUGAAAGCAACUCUUCUGGAGCAAAUGAAAAGAGACUACAUUCACAUCAAACAGACUAAAGCCGUGACUCGCGAACAGGUGGAAAGACAAGAGGAGUGUCUUAAAGAUCUUAGGCAGCUGUUUUUACGAAAGAAAGAAAGAUAUGAACGCCUGUCGUCACUCGACAACAUGAGACAGUCUCUAGAGGACCUGAAAAAGAAGAUGGCGUGGUGUUUGGUGAGAGAGAAGGAGACGCAAGUUGAACAGCUGAUGGAACAAAUUGAAAAAGAAGAGUCUAACUGUAAAAAUGAGGAAAAGCUGCAGCUCUGUCAGACCAAAGUUACCGCUGCUGAAAAAAGAAAGCAGGACAUUCAGAAGAAGCUUUCCAUGCUUAGAGAAGAAGAGGAGAGUUUGAAAGAGGAGAGCCGUAAAAUGAAGGAAGAAAUUAAAGUCAAAACGAAAGCACAGAAAAAUCAGGAGGUGGUUUACUUCCGCGCUGAGAAUAAAUUGAAACAGUUAGAAAAGGAGCAAUGCCUUCUUCAGGAGCGAAUUCAGAAAAUAAGUCAUGGCAAUAGCAGAAGAAGCCAUGAGACUGAGCAAGCACAGCAUCUAAAAAAAAUAUCCGCCUUCAAAAAGCAGCUGGAAAAGCUUGAGAAAGAGUCCAGCGCUCUAAAUCAAGAGAUUAAGGACAAACAACAAGCUCUGCUUAAAGGAAGAGAGGAAUAUGAUAAACUGAGCAUAGAGGAAAAGAACAUUCAGGUCUCUCUGGAGUCUAAACUGAAAAGAAAAAAGCAGCUAAUGGCCAGCAGAUCUAACAGACUGAGACGGUUUGGCGAUCACAUGCCAGAAUUAUUGGAGUCUAUCAACAAAGCCUUCGCUCAGGGACGUUUCAUCAAGAAACCUGUGGGACCAAUAGGUGCAUGCAUCAGCCUAAAGGAUCCCGGUUUAGCCGUAGCUGUGGAGAGUUGCUUAAAAGGAUUCAUGAAAACCUUUUGCUGUGACAAUUACAGGGACGAAAAAGUCCUGCAAGGACUGAUGUCGUCAUACUUCCCCAAAGGCAGCAGGCCUCAGAUAAUCGUGUGUCCAUUCACGGACAGUGUUUAUAACCUGCAAGGCCGGGGAGUCCAUCAUCCUGAGUUUCCAUCUGUGCUGGACUGCCUCAAUAUCGAGAACCCGGUGAUAACAAACUGCCUCAUUGACAUGAGAGGCAUUGAGACCAUUCUGAUUAUUAAAGAGAAAGCUCGUGCAAGAAAAGUCAUGCAGGGUUCGAGACCCCCGAGGAAUUGCCGUGAGGCCUUCACUGCAGAUGGUGAUCAGAUCUACACCAAUCGCUAUUACACACCUGAACAUGAAGUAGUGGUCCAAUAUCUUGGUGGAGACCCAGAAGCAGAAAUACGACAAGUUGAGUCAGAGCUGGAGAACAUCCAGGCUCAGCUUUCACGGUUCCAGCUUCACUUGAGCUCCGUGAAGGAAGACAUUCAGUUCAUGGAGGAGAAGCUGCGUAGUGUCAUCAUGGCCUGCAAAAAGAAUCAGGAAAGUAUAAAUAAGGUUAAAGCUUCCAUAACAGAACUUGAGAACAUUGAAGAGGCGCAGGCUGAAGACAUCAGCUCCCUGGAAGAAGAUGCACAAGAGAAUGAGCAGAAGAUCGAAUCGGAGAGGAGAAAUGUGAAGGCUCAAAAUGAGUUAAAGAAACACGAGAAAGUGCUUAUGAAUAUAAAUCAGAAAUAUAAAGAUGUGAAAAACAAGAUGGAGCAGCUUUUAGAUGAGACAGAACAGCUGAAGGAGGAGCAAGAUAAGGCAGAGGCCGAGUGCAAUAAACUUGAUCAAACCUUGAAGAUCUUGGAGAAGAAACUCGAGGAUCACCAGGCUAAUAUUCAGGCCAUGAAAGAUGAGCUGUCAUGUAGAGAGGAAGAAAUGCAGGACUGUGAAGCCAAAGCCAAAGAGAUCUGUCCUGUGCGACAGCAGGUAAAUCAGAGUCCCAGAAGUAUCGACACCGAAAUCACACGCCUCCGACAAAAAAUCAGUUUAGAAGAGAGCAGCCAUGGUGACAAGGAACAAGUUAUUCGAGAGUACGCUGAGGCCUACAGUAAUUACAAGAACAAAUCCAGCCAGCUGAGGGAUCUCAGGAAGUUUAUUGAUCGUCUCGACAACAUCAUGAUUGACCGCCAGGACAGAUACAAAUCAUUGCGACGGUCACUUUCUGUGAGGUGCAAGCUGUACUUCAACAACUUCAUGAUGCAGCUGAACUGCUGUGGCUCUAUGAUGUUUGAUCAUAUCAAUGAAACCCUGUCCAUUUCAGUAAGUUACGCUUGCCCCCCCGGUCAGGAAAAAAACAAUGUCAAUGACAUGCGUUCCCUCUCGGGAGGCGAACGCUCCUUCUCCACUGUCUGCUUCAUUCUGGCACUCUGGGAAAUUACUGAGUCGCCCUUCCGGUGCCUGGAUGAGUUUGAUGUCUACAUGGACAUGCACAAUCGCAGCAUUUCAAUGAACAUGCUCGUGGCACUUUCAGAACGUCAACAUCUGCGACAGUUCAUCUUCAUCACCCCUCAGUCCACAAGCCAUCUGCCUAAAAGUUCUCAUAUUACGAUCCACCAGCUUCAGGAUCCAGAAAGAGAAACGGAGGAGGAGUGAGAUGUGUGUUAGGUACGGACAUUACCUAAAGAGACUGAACUGAAAGUGUGUAAUGUUUAUAUGCCUGUACAGUUUUUUAUGCAUUCGCUUUUAUUUAUAUUUAAACAAGUUUUAAGGGUUCCUCUGCAAAGGAUGUUUUAAAAGCACAAAGCUUUCAUCUAAUUUGUGUGAUUGUAAAGUGAAGUCCACACUAUUUCAUCAUGUCAUCCAGUUCAUCUGGACAUUUAAGGAAAAAAAAGAGGUUCAAGGAAUACUUCACCCAGAAAUGAAAUGCUUGAAAUGUAGUCUUCAGGUCAUCCAAGAUGUAUAAGAGUUUGUUUCUUCAUCAGAACAGAUUUGGAGAACUGUAGCAUUGCAUCACUUGCUCACCAAUGGAUCCUUUGGAGUGAAUGGGUGCCGUCAGAGUGAGAGUCCAAACAGCUGAUAAAAACUUUACAAUAAUCCACAAGUAGUCCACACCACUCCAGUCCAUCAAUUAACGUCUUGAGAAACCAAAAGCUACGUGUUUGUAAGAAACAAAUCCAGAUGUCUCAACAUGUUUUAGUGUAAAAUAAUCUAUAAUCCACUGUAUUGUGUCUCUCCAGGUGAGAAAUAUGCACAAAUCAAGCACUGUUAAUAAGCCAAAACUGUUCUAAACAAAUAUGUGGGAGGAUUUUGAUGCAAGAUGGAGAUGGACUUUUUCACUGGAGGAAACGUUAUUAUGGAUUAUGACAAAAAACACCUUAAUGAUGGAUUUGUUUCUUACAAACACGCAGCUUUUCGCUUUAUAAGAUGUUAAUGGAUGGACUGGAGUGGUGUGGAUUACUUUUGAAUUAUUGUGAUGUUUUUAUCAGCUGUUUAGACUCUAAUUCUGACGGCAUUCAUUCACUGCAAAGGAUGUAAUGCUACAUUACUCCAAACUCAUCUACAUCUUAUAUGUGCUGAGGCUGAGUAACUUUUGGGGGUAAAAUAUUCCUUACAGUUACAAAAUGUUAGCACCUGCUCAUGACAGUUGGUAUUUGUCAGUUUAAACCAGCAUCCUUUGUAAUAAACCACAGUGUUGUUCCUAGA